GUUCCAAGUUGCAUCAGCGUUCAGGAGGUUGGAAAGCCGGCUGAGUUGAACGCUGUGUGUUUUGUAGAAAUAUUCAGAGCUGUCAAAUCGAUAACGCCAUUCCUGUAGGCGAACGGAGCGAGGCAAGGGGGCCAAAUGAAACUGUUUGUCAGCGAAGGGAACCCGCACUGUGUGAAGGUGUUAGCGGGGCUGGAGGUAACUGGAGUGAAAUGUGACGUACAGCUGGUCAGCCACGAGGAAAGAGUGGUGCCCUUCCUAAAUCGGCCUGUCUUACCUGUUCUGCUGCUGCCUAGUGGGCAACACCUCUUCAGUCCUAAUGCCAUCUGCCAAUACCUGUUCGAGGUUGUUGGGAAAGAGGCCAGCGAUGAUGGCAAUCAGUUACUGGAAUGGGAAGCAACAGAAUUACAGCCUGCGGUGCUCCAGGCGCUCCACAUGCUGAUGCUGCAGGGGAAAUCCGGUGAAGCUGGCACUGUGCUGAAGGGACCUCUGGGCUGGCUGGAGCAGUACCUGAGCAAAAGGACCACACCAUUCCUCACAGAAGAGACUGUGGCAGUGGCUGAUAUUGUGCUGUGGGCAGCGCUCUACCCCAUUCUGUCUAAUUCCACUUUUGAAGCUGUGGUAGGCGAGUUGCCCUCUGUGAGGGGCUGGUUCAAGCGUGUCAGUCAGGUCCCAGCCUGUGAGGCAGCUGUUCAGAGGGUCCUGCAGGGUAAAGGGCUUGAUGCACUGAAGAAUUUCCUUCAGAAGCAGCCAGCUCCACACAUACAACGAAGGGACAGCCCAUCCAGUGCUAAUGCCACUGAGAUGGAGGACUCUGAGCUCAUGAUGACAGAGGAAGAGGUUGAAGUAGCUGCGCAGGCCUGGAGUAAAGGACUCCCAGACUGUUCAGACAGCACACAGAAGAAACACCCCAUUCUACCACAGGAAGGAAAGCGUAAUGUGUUGGUGACCAGUGCACUGCCCUAUGUCAACAACGUUCCUCACCUGGGCAACAUCAUCGGCUGUGUGCUGAGCGCUGAUGUUUUUGCCAGAUAUGGACGAUUGCGAGGCUGGAACUUGCUAUAUGUGUGUGGGACAGAUGAGUAUGGCACUGCAACAGAAAAUAAGGCUCGUGAGGAGGGACUGACACCACAAGAGAUCUGUGACAAAUACCACGCUGUCCACUCCUCCAUUUACAAGUGGUUCCAGAUUGAUUUUGACUACUUCGGCCGCACCACUACUGAACAACAGACAGAAAUCGCACAGGAUAUAUUCUGGCGGUUGCAUGAGCGAGGUUAUCUCCUGGAGGACGUGGUGGAGCAGUUGCGUUGUGAAAACUGUCAGCGUUUCCUGGCUGACCGCUUUGUGGAGGGUGUGUGUCCCCACUGUAAGUACCCUGAGGCCAGAGGGGACCAAUGUGAUAAAUGUGGCCGGCUCAUUAACGCCGUGGAGCUCAAGGAGCCGCAGUGUAAGGUGUGCCAGCAGACGCCUGAGAUACGCUCCUCUAAACAUCUGUUCCUGGACCUGCCUAAGCUGGAAGGUGAGCUGGAGCAGUGGCUGGAGAAAUCUAUGGGCUCUGGUGACUGGACGGUGAACGCUAAGCACAUCACGCGCUCGUGGCUAAGAGACGGUCUGAAACCGCGCUGCAUCACUCGAGAUCUGCAGUGGGGAACGCCUGUCCCACACCCAGACUUCAGUGACAAGGUCUUUUAUGUGUGGUUUGACGCCCCCAUUGGCUACCUCUCUAUAACAGCCAACUACACCAGUGAAUGGGAGAAAUGGUGGAAGAACCCACAGCAGGUGGAGCUGUAUAACUUCAUGGCAAAGGAUAAUGUUCCCUUCCACAGUGUAGUUUUCCCCUGUUCUCUGCUAGGAGCGCAGGACAACUACACGCUCGUCAACAACCUUGUUGCUACAGAAUACUUAAACUAUGAGGACACAAAGUUCUCAAAGAGCCGUGGCGUGGGCGUGUUCGGUGACAUGGCUAAAGACACAGGCAUUCCGUCUGAUGUGUGGCGUUUCUAUCUGCUCUAUCUGAGACCUGAGGGUCAGGACUCGGCCUUCUCCUGGGCUGAUAUGGCUCUCAAGAACAACUCUGAACUGCUCAACAACCUGGGCAAUUUUAUCAACAGGGCAGGGAUGUUUGUCAGUAAGUUCUUCGAGGGUCAUGUGCCUGAGAUGGUGCUGCAGGAUGAAGAUAAGCGUCUUAUUGCUCAGGUGUGCUGGGAGCUGAAACAGUACAUCCAGUUGCUGGACAAAGUCAGGAUCCGUGAUGCCCUAAAGUGCAUCCUCAACAUCUCUCGCCAUGGCAACCAGUAUAUCCAGGUUAACGAACCCUGGAAGAAGAUCAAAGGAGGAGACGACGACAGGAAACGUGCAGGCACGGUGACUGGUGUGUCGGUGAACGUAGCGUGUCUCCUCUCAGCCAUGCUGGAGCCAUACAUGCCCACAGUCAGCCAGACAAUCCGUGACCAGCUGCAGGCACCAGCCCACUGUGCCAGGGCUAUGCUGUAUGCUGACAGAGGCUUCCUCUGCAGCCUCUCUGCCGGCCACCGAAUCGGCACGGUCAGUCCGUUGUUCCAGAAGCUGGAGUCUGAGCAGAUCGAGGCUCUGAGGAAGAGAUUCGGAGGACAGCAGCCGGACGAGGAGACCCCUACAGGAAAGGUCCCCAGCAGCACGGUGAACUCAGCACAGCCCAAACCUCCCGCCGCUGCAGCACCCGCCGUCAAUGCCAGCGUGAGCGCAGCCGACCCAGAGAAAGCCAAACAGCUGGCUGCUGCAGUGGCAAAACAGGGUGAUAAAGUACGUGCUCUAAAGGCUCAGAAGGCAGAGAAGUCAGUGGUUACUGCAGAGGUCACCAAACUCCUCGAGCUGAAGAAGGAGCUCGCUCUGGCUGAAGGGAAAAACCCUGAACCCUCCCUUCAGAAAGGCAAGAAGAAGUGAUGAGAGAAAUGCAGCAGGAGUGAGGAUUUCAUCCUUUGGGCGUUUAGGAGGUGGUACACAACACAGGGAUAUUUGCAAUAAGUGGGAUCAUUGCGCUCAGGACGGAGAAUGAAGCCGUAGCCAGCCUUUACAGAGAGCUGUGGAGGCUAUUUUAGUACGCCGUACAGCUACAGCUGUAAUAAAAACCACCACGUGUAGUAAAGCAGUCCCUUCUGGUUAUCUCCAUAUACUCCAAUAUUUCAUAAAGCCAAUAUUUAAUCACUCUGUUAAAACGCUGUACGGGUCUCAGUCUUUUUAAAAUUCAAUAAAAUAUAUGCAUUUGUA